AAUUCUCUUAUAUAUCUAUAUAUAUAUAUAUAACCUAUGAUCAAAUUGGUAUUAUCUUCUCAACCGGAAUGGUGCUCAAGUGAAUUCAGAUCGGUUAACUUCGAUUUUCAUCCGAUCCAAGUGGUUGCACUGCUAAAUAUAAAAGUUGCCCUUUUUUUUUUGUUCAGGACCCAAGGAAAAGGGAAAGGACCCAGAAGAAGAAGAAGAAGAGAAAAUAAGAACAGGUCCCUUCUCUUUUUACAUCGAAAGGGAGAGACUUGUCCGGAGAAGGACCGGAACUCCAUGUCGCUAGGUUACGCAGAGAAGCUUUCUUACAUUGAAGAUGUUGGUCAAGUGGGCAUGGCUGAAUUCUUCGACUCGUCUCAUGUUCUACAGUACAAGAUUGAACAACUUGCUAAGAUGAUUCAAAAGAGUAAGCAUCUAGUAGUCUUUACAGGUGCAGGCAUUUCAACGUCAUGUGGUAUACCCGAUUUUCGAGGUCCCAAAGGAAUUUGGACAUUACAGCGUGAGGGCAAAGCAUUACCGAAAGCAUCUUUACCGUUUCAUCGUGCAAUGCCAAGCAUGACCCACAUGGCGUUGGUUGAACUAGAAAGAGCUGGUAUCUUAAAAUUUCUCAUCAGCCAGAAUGUGGAUGGGCUACAUCUUCGAUCUGGAAUACCCAGAGAAAAGUUAGCUGAGUUGCAUGGAGAUUCCUUUAUGGAUAUGUGCCCAUCAUGUGGAGCCGAGUAUCUUCGUGAUUUUGAGGUGGAAACUAUUGGAUUGAAGGAGACAUCAAGAAGAUGUUCAAAUGAAAAGUGCGGAGCUAAACUUGUAGAUACUGUCCUAGAUUGGGAGGAUGCUUUGCCUGAAAAGGAGAUGAACCCUGCUGAGAAACACUGCAAAAUGGCUGAUCUUGUUCUCUGUUUAGGGACCAGUUUGCAGAUAACUCCUGCCUGCAAUUUGCCUCUCAAAUGUCUCAGAGGUGGAGGCAAGAUCGUGAUCGUCAAUCUUCAGAAAACUCCAAAAGACAAGAAAGCAAGUUUGGUAAUUCAUGGACUUGUCGAUAAGGUGGUUGCGGGGGUAAUGGAGAUGCUUAACAUGCAGAUUCCUCCAUAUGCGAGAAUUGAUUUUUUCCAGACGAUCCUUAAUCAGUCCUUAAGUGCAGAUCAGAAAUACAUUAACUGGACACUACGUGUUGCAAGUGUUCAUGGAUUGAAUUGUCCAUUGCCAUUCAUCAAAUCUAUCGAGGUUUCGUUCUCUGAUAGUCAGAAGUACAAAGCUGCGGUUUUAGACAAGCAGCCAUUUGUAGUGAAAAGGAGAACGACACGAUCUGAAACGUUUGAAAUAUUCUUGAACGUUAACUAUAGCGAUGGCUGUGGUUGCCUCUCCACCCAAGUAAAUGUUCCGUUCGAUUUCAAGGGUCCGACACAGAACGGAGAAGAAGAGAUCGACAGAGAAGCUGUCUUGAAGUGCCUCCGAGAGAGAGCGGUUCAAGAAUCAUGUUGCGGGCAGAUCGCGAAAAUUGAGAGUAGAUUGGUUGUCGAACCACGAAGCGAGGCCAUUGUCUACGCUGCAGUGACUAACCUCAAGACCUUCCAGUCAGAGUCUCGGUCACUUGAGGAACUGAAAUGGAAGCUGGAAGGUUCCGGAACUUCCCGGAAACGUUCUAGAAACCGCAAGCGAAAACCGAUUACGUAGUAGAACAAGAUCUUUCAGAAAAGUAUGACAAGUGGUGUUUCUUGUGAUAUGUAUAUAUAGUUUACUAGUACGGUCAGUGAUAUGAAACUAGUCUAGUCUAACCGGAAAUAUGGGAAUGACGGGGAACCGAGUGAAUUUUGUUUUGUUGCCGCACUCGGUUUCCUUAACCGGAGUUAACCGACGUUUGGGGAAGAAGGUUUAAUCCGGUUUAGUAUUGGUACAUUGCCCUUUUUUUUUA